AUGUCUACAGACGAAGCCGAAGAUACCACGACCCGCACCGGAGCUUGCAUUUGCAAAGGAGUAGGGUUCACCGUCACAGGUCCUCCCGAGGAUGUAUUCUGUUGCUAUUGCAGUGACUGCGCGAUUGGAGCUGGGGGACCCUGUCAGAUUACGGCCAGCUACGCUUCAUCCAGCGUCACUAUUCGCGAUCCGGACGCUCUCCUUACCUGCUACACGAUCACGAAGGGUACUGUCAGCGGCCGUGCGAAAGAAAAGCAUUUCUGCAAACGAUGUGGAUGCACAGUUUUCACAGUUCCUUUCAGCCUUGGACGCCAGUACAUCGUCAUACGACCAGUGCUCAUUGAAAACGGCCUCGAAAUCUACAAACCCGGACUUGAAUGCUUCGUAAAGCGACGUCCUAGCUACUUUUCCGGGUGCCAAUCAGCCAAGGAAUACGACAUAAUGCCAACCGAUGCUAAGAGCUCGGGCACGCAAGACUAA